CUAGCCGGUUGAAUAAAAGUCUGUAAUAUAUAUGUACCAAGCAGGCAGCAAUUUAAAGAAUGGAAAAAGUGGGAGAGAAUGUAUCACCAUCGCAACCAUUGUUAAUCGUGCCUGGAUCUUCUGUACAGUAUCCCCUAAUUUGGGGGGAAUCUGCGGCCGACUACACUUGCAAGCUGUGCAUGAAAACUUUUUACAAUAGGAGGGCUUUGCAAAAUCAUAAAAAGACACAACAUGAUGAAGAAGGGUCCGGUAGUGAUGGGGAAUUCCAGCAGAAACCAACCCCUUUUAGUGAUCAAGAUAUAAACGGCCUCUGCGGUUUCAAGUUCAUUCCUCUAGAUAAAAACAUGGAUGGCGUGACCACUGAUAGUGACGGGUUCAUGACUCGAUGUUUCACCGAAGAUACCUCAUACUUGAUCAUCAAGAUUGAGAGGAACGAAUUGGAUGCUGAGACGAUAAAGCGGUCCAGGCUAGAUGGUGUCGUCAAAAGGACACAGAUGAAACCAAAACUGCCGAUUGAUUUGAGGGGGCCCUUUACUUGCACUUUCCCUUCGACCCUGCGGCCGGACCUGCAGUGCCGUCAGAUAUUCUUCAAUUGCUGUGAUUACUCAGUGCACUAUCGAGAAGAGCAUACGAAAAGACGCAAGGCCGCGCUGCGCUGUCAAGUGUGCGAGAAACGGCUAGACCGGGACUUCUACCCCACCGACACUAUCGCCCCACAAUACCAGCCUCCCAAUAGGUUCACCUUCUCUUGUCGCAUUUGUAACCAAAUAUUUCUGAAUAGCAAUGAAUACGAUGAGCACAACCGUAUCGUGCACGCGAAGAUGAAGCCGCACCAGUGCUCCAUCUGUGCCAAGCGGUUCACUCAGCAGGGCGGGCUGCAGCAACACAUGAGGAUGCACACCGGGGUCCGUCCGUUCGUGUGCACCUACUGCCCCAAGGCGUUCACUCAGAAGGCAGGGCUGGACCAGCACCUGCGCACACACACUAAAGUGAAACCGUUCAAAUGCGUCAUUUGCAGCAAGUGCUUCUCCCAGUCGGUGCACCUUCGUCAGCAUAUGCGCACACACACAAACAUACAACCUUUCGAGUGUACCGUGUGUGGUCGGAGGUUCAAACAAAGCAGUCACUUGAAUUUCCAUAUGCGGUCGCAUGUUGCCGAGAAUUCUCUCGUUAUGGCGAACUUUGUGCAAGGCGAGGGCCAAGAUGCCCAGAUGGACUUCCUGGACUUGGCUAACUUGCAGCGAGUGCAAGAUGGCGACACUUUGUAUUAUGCUACUGAGCUAGCGGUGGGCUCGGCGUCCAGUCAAAAUCCUUUCUCUUACCAAGCUCAAGUUGUUCCUGAAAAUGUACUUUCGAUGUGACUUUGAUUCAGAUUUUUUACUUACCUGUGUGAUGAAUAUGUGUAUGAAAUAGGCACCAAGCAUCGUAUCAUAUUAUUAUUUAGCUUGUUAACUUUUAAUUUGAUUCAGUUACUUAAUUACGGUUUAAGA